CCAUCCAGUUAGUGGAGAGAUCAGUGGCUAACAACAUGGCGGCUGAAUGAUAAGUCACGGUAAAGCCUUCAUGAGAGAAUUUUCGUCUAUGCAAGUCUGGAUGUGAAUGCCCGUUUCACCAUGGCAUCUGAAGAAACUGGCCUUACGGGGUCGGCUCAAGGCAGCAUAGUUCAACCGUCAUGCCCAGCUUUUCUUUCGAAGUUAUGGCUGUUAGUGGAUGACGAAGUCACUGAUGAACUGAUCCAUUGGAGCGAUGAAGGGAACAGUUUCAUUGUCCAAGAUCAGGUCAUCUUUGCUCAGCUUCUUCUCCCCCAAUACUUCAAGCACAAUAACAUGGCUAGUUUCAUUCGUCAGCUCAACAUGUAUGGUUUCAGGAAGAAAGCACACUUGGAUGACGGCGCACUAAAAACAGAACGAACCGACAUUGAAUUCCAACAUCCUCAUUUCUUGAAAGGAGAAAUCAAGCAACUAGAAUUAAUCAAGAGAAAGGUGUCUGGUAAAGAUGAGUCUAAACUUAAACCCAAUGAUGUAGGCAAGAUUCUCUCCAAUGUUAGAGAAAUGAAGGGGAAGCAGGAUGACAUUACAUCCAAACUAGAAUCAAUCAAAGUUGAAAACGCUGCACUGUGGCGAGAGGUCGUUGGACUACGUCAAAAGCAUGACAAACAGCAGAAGAUAGUCAACAGACUCAUCCACUUUCUCAUCACCCUGGUCCAGCCAAAACCAAAAGUUGGAAGCACAAGGAAGAGACCAAUGAAUCAGUUGAUGAUUGAAGGAUUACCCGAGUCUCCCCCAAGUAAAGCUAAGUUCACUCGAACGCAUCCUGCAAGUUCUGCUCUCGAAGGAUUACAAAUCAGAAAUCUCAAGCAGGACAGCAAUCUAGAUUUCUUGAGUCGAUCAGAUGGACCUCCGCUCAAAGACUUGAUAGGAAGUGCCCCAUCUGAGUCAAAGGUCACUGAAUUGUUUGAUGAAGGGCUAGAUGAGGAUGAUUUGAUUCCAUCCAACAUCCCGUCAGGUACUGUGAUAAACCCCGUCUUACAAGGUGAAGCUAUCCAAGGUUCCCAGGACAAUAAGACCACAGAACUCUUCAGUCAAAGUAACCAGGGCACCAUGGCCAUUCAGGCUGCUUCUACAUCGUUGGCAAGCCCUGACAGUGUGGCAGGCAAUGGUCAGCCAGAAAGCGUUGGAUCACAUGCUUCUAACAUCCCCGUGCUGACCGCAUUAAGUCCUGAUGUUACAUACCCUCUGACUCCUGGUAAUGAUGAAAUGGGAUGGUUAGACAUGGCCGACAAUGCCCCUGCUGAAGUUGUUGGUCUAGAGGAUGCAGGAGCGACAGGACUUUAUAACCCAUUGACAGGUGAAGUCUCGUCAUCAGCUCUUGUUCAGGACGGAACAUUUGGUCCCGGGGAAGGGCAGCUCGUCCUUACAAGACCUUCAUCCCAAAAUGAGAACAAGCAGAGUUCUAACAAAGUGUUGUUACAGCGUAUGUUGUCAAAUGAAGAGCAUAAGCAAGACCUGGGAGAUCAACUCAGCACGGUGCAGUCCAGUCUGAAUGAUUUCAAGCAAAUGAUUCAAAGCAAUCCAUCUCUCAACAUUGAACUUGGCGAUCUUCUGAGUGAUUUCCAACUACUCUAUGAGCCAGACUCCCUGACGCUUCCUCCUACCAAUUUUGAGAGUCUUCAAAAUGAAGAUGAUGGUGAAAAUGAUGUGAUGUCUACAGGGAACGAGUUGGUGACCUACAAACCUUCUACAUCCAGUGCAUCUUUGGGAUCCUUCAUGGCUGAUGACGAGGAUUCUUUACUCCGAUCUCUGGACGAUGACUCCCUUGCUCUCAGAGGGCAGAAUGAGAAUGAUGGAGUAAGCUUUCUUCUUUGAGCCUGGUCUAACAAUGAAAGGUCCAGUGACAUCUCUUCAUAACAACACUGAAGAUGUCAAUUAUAUUUUACAAGCUAGAUCUGGGACCUACCUGAGAUAGAGUUGCAGUAUAUUCAUACUCAAGUUGCAACUAAUUCAAAUUCGUGGAGUUGAAAGAUGGGAAUUUUAAAAUCAAUUGCAAUCUGUGUUUGAAUUGAAUCUAUCACAACCCAUUAUAAGGCAGGACCUAUGAACUCUCAAUUCAUUGGUGUGAUUAUGCAGAGGAGUGAGGGAGAAUUUCCUUCUUCAGUCCCAUCCUAUUGUUUUUUAUGUGUGUAAAACUUGAAAUUUCUUUCAGAUUGAAAAUGAUGCCUUGAUAAACAAUCUGCAUGAUAAACUCAUAUUCUGUGCCGAGAAAGUAGUGUAGAAAUUGCAAGUCUAUUAUUCAGAACUGGGCUUGAUGACAUGGAGACCUAGUCUGUAAAAUGCCAUUGACGAAAGAAAUGUAAAAUGUCAUCCUGCCUAGUAGUAUGUCGCUUCACAGAGUCUUUUAAGAUGUCAUGAUCAAGAUGACCAUUAUGAAAGUUUGUCCGUUGAAGUACUGUUCAGACCAGUCAAGAGUAAAGCUGGUAGGCACGUCAUAGUAUGCUGGAUGUUGUAAGUAAUAUUAAAAGUAAUCUCUAGACUGAUAUUCAAAAAGCUUUUUCUAGCAUUAGGAUUGAAAAACAGCCACACAAGAAAAACUUGAUCAUCUUAAAGAGAUACCAAUUGAAAUACCAAUUGAUAUGUCAUACUUGACUGGUUAGAAAAGAUGAAUGGUUGUCGAAGAAAAAAUUGCUAGUAGACUGAUGAUUCAAUAUCAUCUUGGGAAUCUGGUAAUGUGCAAUAAUGCCUUACCAGAAGAAACUCAUGCACGAAGCAUAAUUUAAGGUAUAAAAUUGACUACAUGCGACUUAAAUUUUCAGUGAUUGAAAGAAAAAAGAUUAUGUACAGCAUGUUUUCUCGUUACUAAAUGUUCAUGUCGCCACACUUAAAAUGAUAACUUAUUGCUGCACUAUUUUUUUUCCUUUAUGUUUUCCUAUCUAUAUAUCUUUUGGUUUACCUACCUUUUCUUUCUUUUUUUUGGUUUGUUAAGUCCCAAAGUGAUGUGGUGUCGAAUGAUGCUUGUAAAUAUCAUAAACCUGGUAAUAACCAAGAUUCAAGUUUAUUCAUAGUGGGCCAUGCUUGCAAGCAUUGCUGAAAUUCAAUCAAAAACUUAAUAAAUACGUAUUUAAUUUUGUAGCCAGACAUCCAUCUUAUAGACAAUAUAUCAUUCUACUUGAAGGGAAAAAAAUGUCAAGAUAUGAAUUUCUAUUUAACUGGAUGUUUUAGUGUGAACAUUCAGUACACCUCAGUCUGUAGUCUAAAGGUAUCAAUCCAGUUUUGUCCCUAUCAAACGGGAGUUGCUAGAUUUCAAUCACACUCAUAGCAAUAACCCUUGCCCCCCCCCCCUUCCUUCAUUUUGCAUGAUUCAGUGCAUCUUCCAUCCCCAGCACAACCCUCCUACUCUCCACUUCUUUCAAGUAUUCAAAAUUUUCAACAGAAGUAAGAGUUCCCUUUUUUGUACUGAAAGGUGCUAAUCUGGAUGAGUUUCAUAUUUUUUAAUGAUUUUUAGUGACAUCUUGCCUGUAAACACCCCCAUACUGAAUAACUUGUCAUUAUCAUCCUUAUUAUCAUCACCAUCAUCCUCUACAUCAUCCUUAUCACCAUCAUCUCCAUCAUCAUCAUCACCAUCAUCAUCACCAUUAUCAUCACCAUCAUCAUCUCCAUCAUAAGCAUCAUCAUCAUCACCACCAUCAUUAUCCUCAUCUUAAUCAUCAUCUUGACCAUCAUCAACAUCAUCAUCCUUAUCAUAAUCAUCAUCAUCCUUAUCAUAAUCAUCAUCCUUAUCAUAAACAGGAGCAGCUGCACAAUUUUUAGAUUAUGUCUUCUAUUUAUGGUAUUGACCCUCUUUAAAAAUCCUGUAUGUAAUUUUUACAUACUCAUGAAAUGAACUUCAAUAUGAAUUAUGUGUUUUCUCGGUGAUUAGAAUAAUGAGUUUUAAUAAUAGACAAUCUUUACAUGAUAUGAUGGGACACAGAAUCAACAUAAAUUCUCAUAUUGCAUCGAUGUGUUCUACUGCUCGAGUUCUUUACUGAAAUGAUGUAAAUAUGUUCAGGAAAGGUGUAUAAAAUGUUGAUAUAUGUUUUUAGUGACAAUGUAACAUGCAUCUUUUUUGUAUUGCUGUUCUAUGCCUUAAUGCACGGCAAAUAAGUAAUUGUACUGUAAAGAAGAUUAUUGUGGAGAUAUUCAGAUUAGCAGAUCACAUAGUGAAGGAAUGUUGAUGUCUGUGAUUAUUUUGUUGUAAUAUUAAAGCACAGGGGCGUCGAUCCAUUUUUCAGAUUGGGGGGGCGAAAUCAUUAACGUUCCAAAGGCGCUCGAUCGUACAAAACACCCACCCACACACACACACACACACACACACACACAUACAUAUAUAUAUAUAUUAUAUAUACACACACACACACACAUAUAUAUAUAUAUGUAUAUAUCUAUAUAUAUGUAUGACUCAUGAGACACAGACACGUAUCUCACUACACAGAUAGUACGAGUGCCGAGAGUGAGCUCAAAUUUCUUUAUAUUCUGAGCUGAAAACUUGAUAUU